AUGAUCGAACAAACCUGCAAAACAUGCGCAGCCAAAUCAACGAUCUUCGACUACAACUUCUGCCUCUCAUCUCUCAACAACUCUCCAAUCACUCCUCCACCUCCUCCUCCGACCAAUCUCUCUUCUAUUGCCCUAAUCCCAAUGCUCCAAGCUCUAGACAACGCAACCGCAACAUCUUCCACCAUUCAACGGCUUAUGAGCGACGGAGGAGGAUUUGAAGACGACGGUUUCGGCCGUGCUUGCCUCCGUGACUGCCUCGAGUUGUACGAGGACGCAGCUGAGAGAUUGGAGGAAGCCGUGAGGGUUUUUAUUACGAGGAGAGAGCUAGGGACGGUGAAUGUAAUGGUGAGCGCCGCCAUGGAAGCCGCCGUGACGUGUGAGAAAGGGUUUGGGGAGAGAGACGGUGGCGAUGACAGUGGUGGUGGUGUGUUGACGUGGACGUCUCCUAUUGGUGGUGAGAAUCAUAAGUUGUUUGAGUUGGGUCAGGUUGCUCUUUGUAUAAUCAAUAUGCUCUCUUCUGUUACUUCUCUUUUCUGA